UGGCGGUCACAAGAAGUUUUGCCUCUCCUCCUUUGAAAACUGUUUUACGAAAUAUUCUAGGAAGCUGCGGUGCUUCGCUGCAAAUUUUCAGAAAUCUCUCAUCUAAGUCAAAGGACCCUGACGUGACCACAAUGAARGAAAUCAAAUACAAUUUGAGGACAAUGGUAGGAGGACAGUCUCCAUACUGGAGUGGAGAGACAACAAAGCCAGAUGAUUUUCCAGACUUAGAACAACCAGACACACAGGAGGAGCUGCCAGCAAGAACAAUGAAAGAUAGUUACCAAGAAGCUUACCUACCAGUUGGUACUGACUUGAAACUUAGAGAGAAGUAUCAAAACUUUUACAAGUUUAUCAGAUUUGGGAAAAUUCUUGCAAAUCUYGAUAUGUUUGCAGCCUGGAUUAGCUAUUUACACAUUCAUGGUGGACAACAAAACUUGAAGGGUACCUCACCACAUACUGUUGUAACUGCACUGGUYGACAUAAUUGACCUUUAUGAGCAAAUUCAAACCUACUAUGAUAUCAAAAUGUCUGGUAAUGUGACAUGGGUUGGUAAGAGCUCCAUGGAGGUGACGAUGGACCUUGGCCAGAUAGUCAAUGGCUCAUUUAAACACAUUCUUGAUGCUCGAUUCCUAAUGGUCUCCAGAGAUAUUAAAAGGGAAAGAGCUGCUCUUGUCAAUCCCCUAGUGUUGAAAACUGAUAAGGAAAAACAGAUCUUUCAACAAGGACAAGAGAAUCACUCCAAAAGCCUGGCGACUUGGAGCACAAGCCUGACUAAAACUGCUCCUACAGCUGAAGAGAGUCAGAUUGUGCAUGACUUAAUGCUGCAGACUGGAGUAUUUGAUGCAAGUGUGAAGAAGAGUCCCUCUAAAAUGGACAACACUGUCUUUAUGGAAGAUACAGAAUUAAGUUCUGUGUAUUUUUGCAACCCUCAGCAACGAAAUACUCACAAUAAAGUAUUUGGUGGUUUUCUUCUUGAUAGAGCAUUCGGAUUGGCUUGGACAAAUGCUUGUCUGUUCAGUGGUGGAAAAGCAAUCAUGAAAACAAUGGACGAUGUUCGAUUUCGCAAAGGUGUUGAGAUGGGAUCCAUCUUAGAGUUUACUUCACAGGUUGUUUACACUCCUCCUCAGCCAACGAAACGGUUUCAAAUCAUGACUGUUGCUGAUGUCAUUCAGCCUAGCACCGGAGAGCGAGAGACAACAAAUAUCUUUUACUACACUUUUGAAAGUGAAAAUGAAGUUCGGUCUGUGGCUCCGAGAUCCUACGCAGAGGCCAUGCGUUACAUUGCAGGAAAGAGACGUUACGUGAAAUGUAAAACAUAAUCAUAUCAUCACGAUGCCAACAACAUUUUAGAUUAAAAUGUAAAAUAUAAUAAUUCUAUUCUAAAAUAUCUACUUGUAACAGGAUCUAGCAUUUCUAAGUUAUAAAUAUCUCAUGCUGUCAUGUUUAUUAAACAUACACUUAGAGUUUUA